AUGUUAGCGAAUCAAUUUACUUGUGAAAACUUACAGGACGUCCAAUCUCUGUUUCGAAAUAUAGAAACUCAUACACAAACAGCAAAAGGAAACACAGACCUAUUUCCCCAAAAGGUGCUAUCUUUUAUUGGCAUUACAAACCCAGAUAGAAUUAAGAAAUUGCAAACAUAUGAAAAUCGUGUAGAUUCUGUACAAAUACACAACGUAGCCAAGUCAACCACAGAUGAGCCAAUGUUCAAGCUACACAAGUUACGGAGGUUCAUAAUGACUUUCCUUUCAACAUUAAUCUUAAAGUCUGCUGUGAAGGGAAAUAUUUUGGACCUGAACGAAAAAUCAAUGCACAAUGUGUUUGGAUUUAUGUCACCUUUAACAGAGGAAGAAAAACAAAUGUUUAAGCUUAUGGCAUAUGAUUAUCAACGAGCCAAACUCUUCAAACUCGUAACAGACAAAGGAUUAUUCUUGCUUCCAGAAACACAUCUUCUCAUUAAGGAUCACGUUCCUCAGAAGUAUCUUUGGAUGGGUCCUUCACAAAAACUCCACUACUAUUCCAAAGCAUAUCAUCUCGCUCAUUAUGUAGGUAUGAAAACUAGUGAAAUCGAAGAUUACGAAAAUAUUUUACUGAAAGCAGUCCCGUUAAUGGUCAGACGAGGCGAAGACAUUAGCAACAGAUACAUUCUCAAAAAUAGAGAGUCUACUCUUAAAGUAUUAGCCAAGAGAUGUCAUCACGAUUUACGUCAUGCGAAACAAACGCUUCUACUGCCAAGUCUUGUACUUUUACAUUUUCUCUACCUCCACACUUUACAACGAUCUCAAAAAGAAGUUAUAUUUUCGUAUUGGCAUCUGUUUGAAGCCACACAUUUCAAGUACAUUGUAUCAGAGAAGUGA